AUGGAGCCCAGCGUGUUCGGAAGUCACCUUCGCCCCAGUGCACAGCAACGAGUCUCCAAUCCAUUGUCCAAAAUCAUAUUUGUCAACCCAUGGCACGUGCAGCGACUCGUGGAGGCCGACUUGCAGAAGAAGAACUGCCUGGACGGUUACGAACGUCAUCUGUUGAUUGUGGCCGUUGGGCUUGCCCACGAACUCAUGUAUCUCGUUCGGACAGAACCAUAUGGCAUCAAAAUCCCCUACGACACUCCGCCACGCAACGGGGCCGACCUCGACGGCGGAUGGGCGUUUGAAGACGCGUUGAUGGGCGGUCGCCUCGAAGGUUUGUGGGUUACCGACGAUGAGCCUGCACCCGUCGAUGUGACCCCUGGCGAAUUCAUGGGCAUGGACCUCGGCACUAUCGACCGCACCGUUACCACCAACGUUCGCCAGACUGUUAAAAGCGCGCCAUUCGACUACUUGGCAAUUGCGAAGGGCGACCAAGAGAUCUACAAAGUCUGUGAGAGCUGGGUCUCAGAGCUCAUCCGCGAGUUUGCGACGUAUGGUCGCAUCGACCGUAUCGUCUUUCCGCCUUCUGUCGAACCAAGCCCCAUGCAUUGCGACGAGGUCAAGCGCCUCGGCUUACCCAAGACGAAAAGGACGUGUGUCAUCCAUGGCUCGAGGCAGCACUUGCCUACCAAGUGA